GUCUAGAGACGAGAGAGAAGACCAGUCCUUGUUCUCAUCUGGAGGUCCAGAGGUCCUCAUCUGGCAGCAGGGUCAUUGUCCUGGUUGAGGUUGGAUGUCUCAGGAAUGAAGAAGACACCUGGUGGGGGAAAGCAAGAUGGGGGAAAAGCUCCAGCGCCAGCUACAGAGCUCCAGCCAGCAGCAGAAGCAGAGCAGUGGGCAGUGGUGGAGGUAGAGCUGGCUCCAGCUCUGUUGACAUCACCCCUUCUAGCGCUGGAGCCAGCGUCCCCUCUAUCAGCAGUGUUGGCUCUGGAGCAAGGGCCAACAUCGGCUCCAGCAGGAGUGAGAACUGCUGAGCUGGAGUCACCUGGACCAUCAUUUCUAGUGGGAAGUCCAUCUCCACCUGUGCUUGUUAAGCAGCGUGAGAAGAAGCCUAACAUCAUGGCCUUCCCUCCUAAGCUGGUGGUGGAGCAGUUGACCGUGAUGGAUGCGGAGUGCAAGAUCCUGAAGAACUCCUCGCCCUGCACUGUCAUCUCUGCUCUGCAGAAAACCUCCACAAACCACCUGAAGAACACACAGCGGAAGUUUCCUUGGAGAUCCCUGAAAAACUUAAGAAGCGCUAUAGCCAAGACAAGUCCUUGAGCAGAGAACUGAUGACCAAGGAGCGGCCCUCCACGUUUGCCUCCAGGAGAGCAACCCCCAGAGAGUGCAGGAGAAGCAGCAGCAGCAGCAGCAGCAGGGGAAUGAGAUCAACCUUGAGAAAAGUACUGAGGUGAGCGGCUGUGGCUCUCCCUGCAGGGGAGGGGAAGGAGGUGGAAAUCAGAGACCUUCUGGGCAGAACAGUCCCUGGCUCCACCCCCUGUAUCUUACAUUGAGUGGAAGAGUUUGAUAACAGAGAAGUGGGAGACCCAUCCAAUUGGCGGGUGGGUUGAGGGGAGGAUGGCCUCAAGGAAAACUUCCUGGAGGAGGGGCUGAUUAUUCCC